AAAAAAAGGAGGGCUGUGUUUCCAAAGUUGACUCACUUCUAAUUACUCUUUAAGUCUUAUAAAGCUUCUUCACUUUAUCUUCUGUAUCCUCUGUUUCACUUCCAAAUCAUUUGAGAGAGGGUGAUAUUGAUUAUUAGCAGGGCAAAAUGGUUAAGAAAAAGGAGAUGAAAAAGGAGAUCUACAAGUACAAGGUGUUGAAUUUCUUGACCAGAAAAUUUGAAUUGAAAAAGCAAGAACCAUCUUUGGACAUUAAGGAAGCAUUUCACAUGUUUGCAAAAGGUGGAGAAUACAUGUCAAAUGAUCAGCUUCUAGGGUUCAUGUUGGAGCAUCAAGGUGAUAAGAACUGCACCUUAAUGGAUUUGGAGGUGGUUUUGUUGCAAAUUGCUGGGAAUUCCAACACUACGAGUAGGGAACAAGGGCUCAGCCUCAUGGAGUUCAUCAAUUUUCUGCUUCUUGAUGAUUUCAAUGGUCCAUUGAAAACUGAGGUUCACCAUGAUAUGAGGGCUCCCUUGUCACAUUACUUUAUGUACACUGGACACAAUUCCUAUCUGACUGGGAAUCAACUCACAAGUGAUUGCAGUGACAAGCCGAUUAUUGAGGCUUUGCAACAAGGAGUUCGAGUGAUUGAACUCGAUCUGUGGCCAUCUUCCAAUGAAGAUGGUAUUAAAGUAGUUCACGGAAGGACUCUUACCACUCCAGUUUUACUAACCAAAUGUCUGGAAUCCAUAAAGAAAUAUGCUUUUGUCAAAUCUGAUUUUCCAGUGAUACUAACUUUGGAAGACCACUUAACAUCAAAACUUCAGGCCAAAUUCACAGAAAAAGCAACUCAAAUAUUUGGAGACAUGCUUUAUUAUCCCAAGACAGAUUACUUGACAGAAUUCCCUUCACCAGAAUCAUUGAAAAAUCUAGUUGUUAUAUCCACCAAACCUCCUAAAGAAUAUGCUCAUUCUAAUAGUGUUAUGGACAAGGGCAGCAAUAAUAACCAUAUGCAAAAUGAAAGCGAACUGUCCUCCGGAGAAGAAGAAGAAUUAUGGAACGUGGAAUUGCCAGAUUCCAUGGCUCAAUUGACAACUGAGGAGAAUCAGAAUGUAAGUGAUGAAGACACAAAUAUAUGUGAUUUCAAACCAAGCCAGCAAAAUGCACCUGAAUACAAACACUUGAUUGCAAUCCAUGGUGGGAAAUCAAAAGGUUCUGUGAAGGAUCGACUGAAAGCCGAUAGCGAAGUAGUUAAACGGCUAAGUUUGAGUGAGAAGAAACUCAAAAGUGCUUCUGAAUCUCAUGGAAAAGACAUUAUUAGGUUCACACAGAAAAAUAUACUGAGAGUCUAUCCUAAAGGAGAACGCAUCAAAUCCACAAAUUUUCGGCCGCAUUUAGGGUGGAUGUAUGGAGCUCAAAUGGUGGCAUUCAAUAUGCAGGGGCAUGGCAAAUCGCUAUGGUUGAUGCAAGGAAUGUUUAGAGCAAAUGGAGGAUGUGGUUAUCUUAGAAAGCCCGAAUUUCUGACCCGAACAAAUUCACAUGAAGACGAGUUUGAUCCUAGAAGAACAUUGCCAGUGAAGCAGACAUUAAGGGUAAAUGUUUACCUAGGUGUUGGGUGGAGAUCCGAUUUCGGUGCAACACACUUUGAUCUAUUUUCUCCUCCAGAUUUUUACACCAAGGUAUGUCUUGUUGGGGUGCCAACUGAUUGUGUAAAGAAAAGAACAAGGGUAAUCAAGGACAAUUGGCUUCCUGUUUGGGAUGAAGAGUUUGAAUUUCCUUUAACAGUUCCUGAGCUUGCUUUGCUGCGGAUCGAAGUAAAGGAUAAAGACAAGGGGAAGGAUGACUUUGCAGGGCAGACUUGUUUGCCAGUAUCCGAACUGCGACUCGGAUUCCGGUCAGUCGCCCUGCAUGACAGGAAGGGAAAGAAAUUUAAAUCUGUGAAGCUUCUAAUGAGGUUUCAGCUUGAAAUAUUUUGAAUGAAUUGUGGGCACAUAGUUUAUCUAAAUGUAUUGUGUAGUCUUAGGUUAGGAUGCUUGAAAAGAAUGUUGAUAUUUAACAAUGAAAACAAUAUGGUAAUACUAAUAUAUUGAAUUUGGAUGUUCUUG